UGGCCGGUGGUAGAGUGUACUGCCUUAUGCUGUUUUCUCCUACCAGCCGUCUUUUCAGCAGCUGGUAGCUGGUUCACACGGCCUGAACAUUGUUCCAGAAAGACCCGAUCCCAGCCAGACUUCUGAACUGCGCAAAAGAACUACGUGAUCGCCCAAGACAGCUUCCACAGCUGGCGAGUGAACACGACCCGGGGCGGCCGCAUACCGGCAAUUGGAGAGCCCCGAUCGAGCCAUGCGUGGCAGUUCCAGCGUCUACGACAAGCGUCCUCCGACAUUCGCGCACUGACAUUUCGCUCAAACACCGAAGCGGCAUCCUCGACAUGCUGCCCCGGCGGUCGCGUACGGUGGCACUCUGUUCGCUGGCGAACCUAAUUAACGCGGCGGACCGCGUCAUCAUGCCGAUCGCCAUCAUUCCCAUGUCCGAAGAGUACCGCUGGAACCUCCACUGGCAGGGCUGGAUCCUGAGCGCGUUCGCGAUCGGCUUCAUCACCAGCCAGCUGCUGGGGGCUCGCGCCGGAAGCUGCCACAGCAACAAAGCCGUUAUGACCUGCGCCGUCCUACUGUGGUCGACGUCGACAAUCGUCACACCGCUCGUGGCGUCUUCGUUGCCCCUGCUCCUCCUCAGCCGCGUCCUGCUGGGGUUCGGCGAAGGCCUGGGCCUCCCCACCAUGUUCCACAUUGUGGCGCAGACAACGCCGGCCGAGGACCGUCCGUGGGCCUUCUCCUGCCUCAUCACCAUGGGUGCCGUGGGCCAGACGACGGCCGCCAUGAUCUGUCCUCACCUUGCCUGGCAGACGACGUUCUACGCCUUUGGAGCGUUGGGACUCGCCUGGAUGCUCGCGUGGAUGGUCCUCCACCGCGACGAUCCUACGCUACCUCGAGAAGAGAACAAGGGACCUCGCAUCUCGCAGCUCCUGUGCCACUGGUCACUGUGGGCCAUCUAUGUGGCACACUUUGCCAUGAACUGGUCUAGCUACCUCAUCAUGCAGUGGCUCCCGACAUACUUGUCAAGGGAGCUGGCGGCUUCGGCGGGUGACCUGAGCCUGACGGCCGUGCCGUACGUCUGCAACUCGCUGUGCGCGUCGCUGACGGCCGGCUUUGCCGACUCCUUGCUGGCAAAGAAGCGCUGGAGUCUGCUGACAGUGAGGCGGCUGGCGACCUGCUUCGGCCUGCUGGGUUCGGGACUGUUCCUGUUGUGUUUCUGCGCGGUGAACAGUCUGUGGCUGGCGCUGCUGGCCGUGUCGCUGUCGAUGGGGUUGCUGGCAUGCAAUUCGGCGGGUCACCUGGGGAACCACGCGGAUGUGGCGUCGCCGGGCUACGCGGGGCACAGCUUUGCCCUGUCUAAUACUCUGGCCACCUUGCCGGGAAUCCUGUGCGGCCCCCUGACGGCCGAACUGGUCACCCAGUCCCACGGCCGCUGGUUUCCGGUCUUCGUGCUGGCGGCAGCAGUCAACUUCGUGGGAGCCGUCGUCUACGGCAGCCAGAGCUCCACCAACCAGGCCUUGUGAUCCGGGUGCCGCCGCCACCAACACUCGUCGUCUAGUCUACGCACACCGACUCUGCCAGUCGCCACGGUGCGAUUUCGUGGCGCAAAGACACCGUGGUGAAGCACCCCCAGGCCUUGGAUACGGCCGUCUCGCCACCCCCCAAAAGUGCUUUCAGAAGGGAACUAUAGUACCACAGAAGUAACGAAUUGCAUCUAAGGUGCUUACAAGAUGCAACUUGUCGCCUUGAUGGGUCAGUCCUGUAAGAGUCUCAAAUCGCGGCGAUUCCCGUAGACUACUCAAAACAAAACAACUCUAACUGCGAGGCCCGCCGUC